AUGGGUGUUAGUGGAUUGGUGUUAUCUUAUCUGCAAUUUGCAGAUGAUUCUAUACUCUUUUGUGAAGCAAAAGAGGAGGAAGUGAGUAACAUUAAGAGGGUUUUAAGAUGCUUUGAAUUGAUUUCUAGACUAAAAAUAAAUUAUCAUAAGAUUCAGGUGUAUGAAGUAGGUGUACCAGAGGAGACUCUCUCAAUUUUUAACUCGAAACUAAAUUGCAGGUCCAAGUCUUUAACUACGAAGUAUAUGGGGCUGCCAUUAGGGGCUAAUCCAAACAGAAAGGCAACUUGGAAGCCAGUCUUAGACAAAGUCAGAAACAAACUAGCAGGGUGGAAAAUAAAGUUGUUAUCAUUUGCAGAAAGGCUCACUCUAAUUAAGACUGUAACCUCUGCCCUGCCAAUGUACUAUUUAUCUUUAUUUAGAAAGCCUGAAAGGGUAGCAAGAGAAUUAGAGAAACUGCAAGCUUCAUUCCUAUGCGGUGGGUCUAAGACAAAAAGGUUAAUUCACCUGGUUAGAUGGGAUGAACUAACAAAGACUGUGAAACAAGGAGGGUUAGAUGAAUUCCCUACCCUUUAUAGACUAGUUGUGGAGAAUGAGGAAUCUUUGAGAUUGUUACAUGAGAGGAAGGUGGUUUCAAGGACUGAGAUUUUUAGUUUAGAAGAAGGUUGUAUGAAUGGUAAGAGCGGGAAGUUAAUAGACUCAAGGAUUUCCUAG